CCACCCAUCGGUCCCCUCGCGGCGCCGGGCGGGCGGCGCGAGAUUCAAACGGCGGGUGGGCCGCGCGACCGCGGCCAUGGAAGGAGCGGGGCCAGCGCGCGGCGAGCGCCUGACGGCCGAGCAGAUGGACGAGCAGCGGCGGCAGAACGUCGCCUACCAGUACCUGUGUCACCUGGAGGAAGCCAAACGCUGGCUGGAGGCCUGCUUGGGGGAGGAGCUGCCCCCCCCGGCGGAGCUGGAGGAGACCCUGCGCAACGGGGUGGUCCUGGCCAAGCUGGGCCACCGCUUCGCCCCCACCGUCGUCCCCCUGGCCAAGCUCUACGACCGCCACCAGGCGCGCUACAAGGCAGCUGGGCUUCACUUUCGGCACACGGACAACAUCAACUACUGGCGUGAUGCCAUGAGCCACCUGGGCUUCCCCUCGAUCUUCCACCCGGAGACCACCGACAUCUAUGACAAGAAGAACAUGCCCCGGGUGGUCUACUGCAUCCAUGCGCUCAGCUUGUACCUCUUCAAACUGGGGCUGGCUCCACAGAUCCAGGACUUGUACGGGAAAGUGGAUUUCACGGAGGAGGAGAUCAGCAGCACGCAGCGGGAGCUGGAGAAGUACGGGCUGCAGCUGCCCGCCUUCAGCCGGAUCGGGGGCAUCCUGGCCAAGGAGCUCUCGGGGGACGAAGCCGCAGUCCACGCCGCCGUGCUGGCCAUCAACGAAGCGGUGGAGCGGGGGGUGGUGGCGGAGACGAUGGCCGCCCUCUGCAACCCCAGCGCGAUGCUUCUGGACCUGCGCCAGGUGCUGGCGGGCGCCUACCAGGAGAUUGUGGCAUCCCCUCGAGCCACACAGCAUUCCCCACCCCCCCACCCCCAGGGUGCCAUCCCCUCGAGCCACCCCCACCCCGGCACUCACUGGACCCCCCUAUUCCGUCCCCCACCAUCUCUGCAGGCCACGGAGGACGAGGGAGCCGUGCUGUGGUGGGAAGAGAUCCGGGAAGGCGUCAGCAGGGCUAACCAGGACACGGUGGCAGCCAGGAGGAUGGCGCUGGGCACUGCCGCCAUCAACCAGGCCAUCAAGGAGGGGAAGGCGGCGCAGACCCUGCGGGUGCUGCGCAACCCCGACGUGGCUCUGUGCGGUGUGGCGAGCGCCUGUGCCGCCGCCUACCAGGAGCAGCUGGCGGCUCUGAUGGCCACCAAGAGCCACGCAGGCAGCGGGAAGCGGUGCUGGGUCCGGCACAGGCUGCAGGAUGGUGCUGAGUACUACCUGAGCCUGCAGACCUUCGAGGGCAGCUGGCAGCGCCCGCAGGAUGGUGACCUCAACACCACGCACCUGAGCCGGCAGGAGAUCCAGUCGGUCAUCACCCGCGUGACCACGAUGCACGACCGGGAGCGCCUGUGGGGGUCCCACGUCCCCUUCGUGGUGAGGCUCCAGGCUCGGCUGCGGGGUUUUCUCGUUCGCCGGGAGGUCGCGGCACGGCGGCACAUCCUGCGGGACCACCAGCCGGCUGCCCUCAGGAUCCAGGCUUGGUGGAGAGGGUCCAGGCAGCGCAGGGCGUACCUGGAGAGGCUGUGCUACCUGCGAGCCAACGUGGAUGCUGUGAUCAAGAUCCAGGCAGCCGUGAGGAUGUGGCGGGCUCGGAGAAGGUACCGGCAGAGAUUGUGCUACUUCAGGCAGAAUAUUAAAGCUGUAAUUAAAAUCCAGGCUUUUGUACGAGCUAACAAGGCCCGUGGGGAUUACAGGAUGCUGGUCCAUGCCAGGAACCCGCCGCUGAGCAUCGUCCGGCGCUUCAUCCACCUGCUGGAGCAGAGCCAGCAUGACUUCUGGGAGGAGUCGGAGGUGCUGCGGCUGCAGGAGGAGGUGGUGAAGAGGAUCCGCGCCAGCCGGCAGCUGGAGAGUGACCUGGACCUCAUGGACAUCAAGAUUGGGCUGCUGGUCAAGAACAGGAUCACGCUGCAGGAGGUGGUGUCCCACUGCAAGAAGCUGACCAAGAAGAACAAGGAGCAGCUCUCGGAGAUGAUGUCCCUAGACAAGCAGAAAGGGCUCAAGUCUCUCAGCAAGGAGAAGCGGCAGAAGCUGGAAGCCUACCAGCAUCUCUUCUACCUGCUGCAGACGCAGCCUGUCUACUUGGCCAGGCUGAUCUUCCAGAUGCCCCAGAACAAGUCCACCAAGUUCAUGGAAUCGGUGAUCUUUACGCUUUACAACUACGCGUCCAACCCACGGGAGGCUUAUCUGCUGCUCCAGCUCUUCAAAGCAGCGCUGCAGGAGGAGAUCAGGUCCAAGGUGGACCACGUCCACGACAUCCUGAUGGGGAACGCCACAGUGAUUCGGCUAGUGGUCAGCUUCUACCGCAACGCACGCGGGCAGAACGCCCUGCGGCAAAUCCUGGGUGGCCCGGUGCAGGAGGUCCUGCAGGACAAGACCCUCAGCAUCCGCACCAACCCUGUGGACAUCUACAAGGCGUGGAUCAACCAGACCGAGUCGCAGAGCGGGCAGAAAAGCGAGCUCCCGUACGAGGUCAGCCCUGAGCAGGCUCUCAGCCAUCCCGAGGUCCAAAGGCGGUUGGAUAUUUCCAUCCGCAACCUCCUCGUGAUGACGGACAAGUUUGUCUCUGCCAUCACCUCUUCCGUGGACAAGAUCCCCUAUGGGAUGCGCUACGUGGCCAAGAUCCUGAGGACAUCCUUGGCUGAGAAAUUCCCCAAGGCUUCAGCAGAGGAGAUCGACAAGAUCGUGGGCAACCUGCUCUACUACCGCUUCAUGAACCCAGCCGUGGUGGCCCCCGACGGCUUUGACAUCGUGGACAUCUCGGCUGGGGUGACCCUGCAUCCCGACCACCGCCGCAACCUGGGCUCCAUCGCCAAAGUGCUGCAGCACGCGGCCGCCCGCAAGGCCUUCGAGGGGGACAACGCGCAUCUCUGUGGGGUCAACCAGUACCUGGAGGACACCCAUCACAAGUUCAGGAGGUUCAUCUCUGCUGCCUGCUGCGUCCCUGAGCUGGAGGAGAGGUUUAACGUGGACGAGUACUCGGAGAUGGUGGCAGUGGCCAAACCGGUCAUCUACAUCACGGUGGGGGAGCUCAUCAACACGCACAAGCUCCUGCUCGAGCACCAGGACUCCAUCGCGCCGCGCCACGGCGACCCCCUGCACGAGCUUCUGGAAGACCUCGACGAGCUUCCUACGGUCCAGUCCCUCGUCGGGGAGACUGUCGCCAGCCCGGCGGACGGCGAUGCGGAGCAGAUGCUCUCCCAGCUCAGCAAAAUGGAGAUCUCCCUCACCCUCACGGGCAAGCUGGUGCCGGCGGCCAGCAGCGAGGAGAGCGACACCAGGAGCUUGGUGCUGAGCACCAAGCAGAUGCUGGUGGAUGUGAUCCAGUCGCAGCCAGGAGAUUCCCUCCCGGAGAUCCUGUGGACGCUGGCCUCGGAGCACGAGGAAGCCACCCACGAGCAGCUCCUGCGGAGGCGAGCGCUGCGGGAUGCCCAGACCCCUGCCAAGCUGCAACGCAACCGUUCGCUGGCUGCCAACAACCAGCUGUCCAUGGAGGAGAAGAAGCGGAAGAUCAUCCGCAACCUGCGGCGCUUGGAGAGCCUGGGGCUGGUGGACUCUGCCCAUCAGUACCAGGAGCUCAUCAACGAGCUGGCCAAGGACAUCUGCAACCAGAGGCGGUACCGGCAGCACCGCAGAGGGGAACUCCUGAAGCUGAGGCAGACCCUGCAGGGCCUCAACGCCAAGACCUUGUUUUAUGAGGAGCAAAUCGAUUAUUACAACCAGUACAUCAAAACCUGCCUCGACAACCUGGCAGCCAGCACCACCAAGAUGAGCGGGAAGAGCAAGAAACCGCAGUCGCUGCGCUACACGGCGGCCCGGCUGUUGGAGAAGGGGGUGCUGCUGGAGAUCGAGGACCUGCCGCUCAGCCAGUUCAGGAACGUGAUUUUCGACAUCACCCCCUGCGAGGAACCGGGCAGGUUCCAGGUGAAAGCCAAAUUCAUGGGGAUCGACAUGGAGCGGUUCCAGCUGCACUAUCAGGACCUGCUGCAGCUGCAAUACGAGGGCGUAGCAGUCAUGAAGAUGUUCGAUAAGGCCAAGAUCAAUGUCAACCUGCUCAUUUUCCUCCUCAACAAGAAGUUCUUUAAGAAGUAACAAGGGGGGGGAGGGCUGGGGGAGGGGGGGGGAUGCAAACCAAACCUGCCAAAGAGAACCCUGGGGGUCGGUGGUCCGGGAUCCCCAUGGCGGGGGAAUUUCUGCCCGGACAUGAGGGCGAGCGGAGGGCUCAGAGUUCAGCCCCAGCCCUGGCUGACCCCAGACUGGUGUUAACUGGAGGUCAACUGGGAGCUCCUGUAGCUUGUGCCGGGGUAAGCUGGUACCCGGCGCUCCCCGCAGAGAGGAUGCGGCUGCUGCGGCUUUUGCAGCGCGCGUAGCUUUUAAAAUUUUGGGGGUUUGGGUUUUUUUGGCUGUUGCUGUGCUGCUAACAGCUGGCUGCUCAAGGACACUAUGGAUUCUGGGCACUGCACAUUUUUAGCGAUGAAAUAAAGGGAUUUUAAUUUUUUUUUUUUGCCUUCCUCCCACUAGAGAUUGGGGGAAUGUCAGAAUUGGACUUUAUCCGAGGGGAAGGAGAAUUCAGAGGCAGUAGCGGUGGGGACACCCGUGGGCUGUCCUCUAGUAAGUCAAGGGUGCAAUAAGGCAAAUUUGGGGGUUUUAAACAUGAAUUUCACCGCCUGUUCUCCAGCCAGGCUGGGGGCAGACAGAAAUCUCAGGGGAUGGGAUGAGAGCUGGGACCUCUCCUCCCCCCUGGAGCAUGCUGGUGCCCGGCAGCUGGUGCGGAGCAUCGCUGAGCCACUGGCUCGUCUAGGUUGGUGGCUGCUCUGUCCCCUGUGGCUUUGCUCCGGCGCUUAAUUAAAACACAGCACGCGGCUCGGUUUGGCCCCGGCUGCUUUGAAAGCACUUUCUCCUCCACGUGGUGGGAAAGGAGCUGGGAAUGGUCACAAGCCUCUUCCCAGCCCCGUCUCCUUCAGGAACAGGGGUGGCAGGUCUCAAACCUGCUCCGCAAAGGAGGUUUUUGGGGAACCCGGGCUCGGAAUCUCCAUCGCUGCUUCGGUAACUGCCUCAGCACCUCGAGGUGACCCAACGGUACCCUGACAAGUUGGCAUCUAGGGUGCCUGGCUUGUCUUUGGAAAGUGAUGUUUGUUCGUGAUGUUUUAAUGUAUUUUUUCCUUUCCUUUUCUGUCAUUUAAAAGCUGCCACUGGCACUUACCCUUCCCCUGUCUGUGCUGCUUUUGCUCAUUUAAAUAAAUACAUAUAACAAAAUA